AUGAGCUCCUGCAGCCUCUCUUGUCCACCGUACCGAUUGUAUGGUUGUAAAUCCAAAGUAAUCGCGAAGACGAGCGUCACAAGCCCCAGCGGUGACUCACAGUCAUCCGAAGUCAAAACCAACCAAUUCACGCAGGCACAAUCUAAGCCGUUCAUAAACUCCGAUCUGGGACACGUGUCGCUUUACUAUAUUACCGUGACGAAUCCAAAUACCCAGCACCGAAAUCACAGACCAGCUCUCGAACUCUUUGGGUUAGAGAGAGAAACAGAAGCACAAAUGCCCUGA